UUCACACUGCAGUACAGCAACAGGUUGUUUUUUUUUUUUUUUUUUUCUGGCAGGAUGUGGCAAAGGAAACGUUGACUUAACUAGGACAACAACUCAUCUUGGACCACACAUUUAAAACCGAGAGAACUAUACAAAUCUUUUUGGACGUUUUUAUUAUCUCUGUGUCUUUUAUUUUAAAAGUUCUCAGCUUUGAUGGCGUGAGGCCAUUAAGCAUAGCUUGGAGAUAGCAAAACGUUUUGAGUUGGGAUUGAUUCUAUAGGAAAAGGAAAUGCCUACUGUCGGUGGCUAUAUGAGUUUUCGUUCAUCAAAGCGAUUUAAAUUGACCAGCAGCUACCCAGUAGAGAGCAGUGGUGGCGGGCUGCCAGCCAAAGUGAAGAAAAGCAGGAGCAGCUCAAGCAAUGGCAGCAUCAAGAAGGUGAAGAGCAGGAAAGACCUGAGCAUGGAGGCGUCCCAGCUCGACCUCCAGCAACCGCACAAAACCAUCACCAGACAAGUAGCCAUCAGGUCGCAGACAUUUGAUGACAGCAGAGGCUUUGAGAGGACGGAGGGCACUGGCACACAAAGUAGUUUCAUGAAGCACAACAAGACAUUCCACAAGUUGUUUCCAGAAAUUUCCGAGAGUGAAGACUUGAUACAUGCAUACAUCUGUGCCCUGCAGAAGGAAGUGCCCUACCAUGGUCGACUGUACAUCACUGACACCAAUGCCUGUUUCUACUCCUCUGUUCUGCUCAAGGACACUAAGUUAGUUAUUCCCGUUUCCUGCAUCCACAUAGUGAAGAAGCAGAACACCGCUUUACUGGUACCCAACGCCUUGUCGAUUCGCACCACAGAAGGAGACAAGUACCUGUUUGUGUCGCUGCGGAACAGAGAAUCAUGUUAUCAGCUGCUGCGUUCAGUAUCUCCUCAGCUAGAGGAUGGCAGCACAAAUAGUAGCCCUAUCUUCUCCUCGGCUGAGAACAGCUUCGAUAAGAGCAAACUUGAGAACUCCAGCCAGUCCAGUCUGGACAACAGCUUGGACCAAUUCGAUGGCUCCGAGUCACAAUCUUUACAGGACCAGCCUCCGCACAGACCACUCAGAGAGGCAGUGCCUAAUGGGAAUGUCCCCGCUUUCAGGAACCUAAACAUGCAGCAGAGUGACAGCUCAUCCUUUGAGGAGCUGUCAGUAUCAGGUGGAUCGUGGGUUUGGAACGUAACAGAAAAGGCCAAAUCCCUGCUGGUUCAGAGAGAGGCCAACAACCUCAACACCCUACUCUUUAUUUACUUGAUUUUGGUUGUACUGCUGCUGUUGUCUUCUGGCUACAUUGGCUUACGUAUCGUGGCCCUGGAGGAACAGCUGUCAUCCCUAGGGGCGCUGUCUGAGUUCACUUUACAGAGCGGGUACCAAGACACAUAACACUCAGUGACUGAAGGAGAGAUUGGUUGACACGUGUUGGGAGGAUUACUUCAACCUCUUCCAGCAGGACGCAGCGGGAGAAAUUGAAUGUACUCAAGACUGUGCUCCCAACAUGGCCUGUGCUGUCGGCUAGAGGAAAAAUGGCCAACCUGUGCAAUUUUAGAGGCAACUUGUUAACUUGAAGGGCUAUACUUCCUCCUAGUAGACAAAUGGACAUGCCACGAUUUAGUCACAUAGCCGAACCAAAAUCCAUACACACCCUGCCUGGUUGCAGCGUGUCUGUCGUCGAAAACCAAAGCCAAACAGCUCCAACUUAACAAUGCACGGCGAGGAUUUUAAAAUGACUUUCUAUCUCUUAUUUACCCAUCCAACAGCGUGAUUUACAAAUCUGUCUUUGUCCUUUUAAAUUCUGUCGGGUACUGCUCUCCGAAUGGUUCUUAUCUUUCCAAUCAGGUGUGGGUUGAAAUGAUGAUAGCUGAAACCUCAACAUCAGAUCAGCCCGUGGAGGCGUGAUACUCUCCUGAUGGUCUUAGCCUUUCUCUCUUUCACCAAUCGGCAAUGAUUGCAGUGUUACUUUCCUCGUCUUUGGCGUGAUUUAACCCCGUUGAUGAUCAAUGUUCAGAGGUUAUUUUCCCUGCAGUCUCAACUGUGGACGAAUGCAUCAUCAAUGCACAAAUAUGUGAUACAAUAGGACACGAGUAGGUUGUCUCAGAGGCAUCAGUAUGGCUUUUCUAGAGAGUCAAUUUCAGAUGUCUGAUGUACUACCAGUCCAGUCUGACCACGUUGUUACAAGUACGAACCUCUUUCUUUCUCUGACGGGCCUCCCGAAGACCAAGUGGCAUUUCUCAAAUUUUCAGGUUAUUUCAAGUAGCACCAAUAAUGUAUUUCUAAUGUUCAUGAAUGUGUCGAUAUCGACACUCCUGACUGAUACUGUAAAUGCAUUUCUCCUUCUUGUCACCUGAAGAGGAGAAUUUGCAGCCCCGCAUGCUGUAAGGUCCCUCGUUUUCAACAGCAAAAACAAGUGGUCCCAAGACGAAAUUUCAAUAUGCAACAAAUUAUUAUGCAUGGCAAAAUGUAAUUUAUCUUUGUGUGCCGUUUUUAAAUGGAGCUUGGUGUUUGUGGGUAAGAAAUUGUGUAAGAAAAAAAGCGAAACAAAAAGAUUUGAGUGAAAGGAGCAGCUCAGUCGAGCGAGCGCACUUUAAAAAAAAAUGUGUUGUGCCUGUCACAGUCGGGACAGAGAAGAAAUGUCAAAGCUGGCGUUUUGUGGUAUCUGACGGUGCUAAGACCUUUUUAAAAACAAAUUGUUUUCACUCAGGGGUGGUGGGCACUACCUGCCACAUGGUUUAUCUUUUACUUUGUCAUUUCAAAGUCUCGUGCUUUGGUGAUUUCUCAAAUGUCCAUUUGAGAAAGAACACUACUUUUCAUUGAGAUUCACUUGACUUUACUACUUUACUGUAUUCAGCUCCUCAGAAUGCUU